AAUUGCGACCCCUGACCUUUCUACGUCACGACCAACUUCAGAACGCGCAUGCGCCGAAGAGGCAUGAAGAAGGAACCACAGAAACAUGAUUAGCAGUCUGUUGUAUUAUGUCCUCUACCCGGUAGCACGGUACAUGACAAGCCGACACUCAGAGUCCUCGCAGAAGGGUCCUCCUCCUGCACAGGUUCAUGGCAAAGCGGCGUGGGAUGGUGGCGCUGCCGCAACCAGAAGCUUCACCCAGUGUCCGAGCACCCUGCUGGCCCGGGGGCCCAGCCCAAGCCUCGGGACGGAGGGUGCGACAAAGGAAGGGAUGACAGAACCCAGCCCAGAGAAGCAGGAUGACACGAGGCCCGUGGCAGAGGAAGAGCACCUCGGGCCUGUCCCGCACAAGGAAACGGAGAGCGCCGCGGCUUCGGCUGCGGGCGGGGACACGUCCACAUUGACGGAGAAAGAAGCAGAGACAAGGAAUGCACCGCGGCGAGACGACGCGGAAGCUCCCAAACAAAGGGCCGGGGAACUGACUAUUCCCGGCGAGGCGCUCCAUCGGAUGCAGAACGCCGAGGACGGAAUUAUUUCUCCAGCCGUGGACUUUGGUGAAGAAAAGGCUGUCGGGGCGCAGUUAGGCUGCCUGCAGAAGGAAGACGGCUCCUUGGAAGUCAGCGGUCCAGGGCAGGAAAAAACAAAGAUGCCAAGCUUGGAAGAGUUUUUAUCUCCAGCUGAGCAAAGCGCACCAGAAACCACCCGCGUAGUGAAGCAACAAAUUCCCAUGCCCAGCGCUGACGAGUCGACGACCACGGAGUGCUGGGACGAAUACGUGACUCUGACCGCCGACGAGGUGGUUGUUGGGGAAAGAGGAUCCGAGCUGGCAUUUCCCUGCCUUCUCUCUAACACUCAAAGCCCCCUUAACCUCCGUGGGAAGCACAACACACAGACUGGCUGGCACUUUCCUGCAGGACCCGGCCUGGCAGAAGAGGUGCACUGCCCACAGUGGCAAUUCCCCGCCUCAAGCUAUUACCCUCCAGCAGAGCCCCCUCUGCAUUUUGAAGUGAAUUGGAGAGUAUGGGAGGAGACGGAUGGGAGUGCCACUGCAGCCGAGGCGUCCCCGUUCACCACGGCCUCCAUGGACUUCACAGUCAUGUCCUACAACGUCCUGGCUCAGGACCUACUCGAGGCCAACGGGGAGCUGUACACGCACUGCCCCCUGGAGGUGCUCGACUGGAGCUACCGCUGCCGCCUGCUCCUGGAGGAAAUACAGAAAUGGAUGCCAGAUAUUCUGUGUCUCCAAGAAGUUCAGGAGAACCACUACCACGAACAACUGCAUCCAGUCCUGUCUGGUAUCGGCUACACCUGCGUGUUCAAGCGGCGCACGGGGACCAAGACGGACGGCUGCGCUACGUGCUUUCGCAGCAGCGGCUUCUCUGCAGUGUCUGUCGCCCCGCUGGAGUUCUUCAGGCCGGAGGUGGCGCCGCUGGACCGGCACAACGUGGCCAUUGUCCUGUUGCUCCGGCCAGUGUUCAUCAAGGGGUCGGAGGUCAAGGCCCGGGGCCUUCCCCUGUGCGUGGCCAACACCCACCUGCUCUUCAACCCCAGGCGGGGCGAUGUGAAGCUGGCUCAGCUGGCCGUGAUGCUGGCCGAGAUUGACCGAGUCGUCAAGUCCUGUAAAGCCAAAGGCGAGGACUGUAACAUUAUAAUGUGUGGGGACUUUAACUCGGUCCCCCAAAUGCCUCUUUACCAGCUGAUCACCACCGGCGAGCUCUACUUCCAGGGACUACCGGCAUGGAUGAUAUCGGGUCAAGAGGACCUGUCGGAGAAAAGCCAUUGUCGCAGACUGUAUGCCCCCUUGUGGCCCAGCUCACUAGGAGUCACUGAUGGCUGCCAGUACACUACAUUCGAGGACACGUGGAAGAGUCGGAAAUCAGGAAAAUAUCAGUACAGCCACGACUUCCUGCUGCAGCUGCGCUUCUGUCCAGCCGCGUGCCUCCGGCCGCUGGACUUGGAGGCCAUCGCAGGAGUGACGGACAACACACCAGAUGCUUUAAGGGGAAAUCCACCUUGUGAACCAAAGUUUGGACACGCCAUCAGUCACCAGUUUGACCUGGAGUCUGUCUACAAACACAUUCUUCCCGGCUUUGGCAAUCCAGAAGUCACGACCCUGCACUCUGAAGGGGCAGCCACCGUCGACUACAUCUUCUACACCCCGAAACGCGCCUCCGCCCGUGACCAAAACCCUGGUGACUUUGUGAGUGCAGGCCUGGAGCUGAUUGGUUCUCUCUCCCUCCUAUCGGAAGACGUCAUAUGGUCAUUGAGGGGGCUGCCCAAUCACAUGUUCCCCUCCGACCAUCUCAGUCUUCUGGCCAAGUUCCGGCUGGACCUGAGCGCUGCAUGAUGGGAAAGAGUGGGUGGUGUCAGAGCAUGAGCAUGUUUACGUUGAACUGGUUCUGAAGUUGCUCUGUUCUGCUAUUUUUGUUUUGAAUAGAUGUCAACGAUGAGUCUCGUUCUCCGUGGUUUUCAUCAGAUAAACGGCGGAGAGCAAUUACUUUGAAAUGACAAAUCUAAUUAUGCUGCAAUAGUUCCUUUUACAAAAAUACAGGCAGUGCUUGCUUUAAGUCCUACUGCUGUGACAAUGCACUGACCUGCUCAGCUGAUCUUUCUUUUACUCAUUUUAAACCUGAUUUUCAGUCGCUCAUACUUUUGUUGGAUGGUAAUUAUAGAAUAAAUAUUUUCCAUUA